AUGGCUCUUAAGCUGCGCGACAAGUCCCUGGCGACCAUACUGGCAACCUUGGCUCAUCGUGGUGCCCAUACAANGUCCCUGGCGACCAUACUGGCAACCUUGGCUCAUCGUGGUGGUAAGCUGGCGAGUGUACAUCAGCACAAGGCUCCGAAGAAGUAUCGUGUGCAACUGACGGCCCAAGUGCAUGGGUCCAGACAGCGCUGGUGCAGCCCAUACAACAAGUUUCCGAAAGGCAGAACCACGGGUCGCGACUGGGCGGCCGAGGACCGGUGGGCUGCUACCUGGCGGCCAUUCUUCUGUAGCGGCAACGUGCCCCACAACGAUGUACGUGCACGCGAAGCCGAAGCUGCGCCUCCCCGAGAAAAGUGGCAGCCGGACUGUCAACAUGCUGCGGAAUCCACCGGAGAUGCACCGCCUGGAAAGCGCGGCGGAGCACGCCCUGGAGCAGGCAGACCAAAGGGAAGCUACGGCAGGAAGAGGCUUCGCCAAGCUGCGCAACAGCUAAAUGAUGAUCUCGAGCGAGGGAAGCUCCAGUGUGCGCAGAUGGUCUCGCGCGAUCUUCCUGGAGCGAUGUCGGAUGCAGUGAAGGAGGCGCACCAGCAAGAGGAGGCCUGUCGACCAGCGUUCCUCAAGCGCCAGAGCAACAGGGGUCUGGAAAAGGCGGCCGCAGCAUCUGCUGCAUGUAGAUCGGGCUGGGAGCGGGGGCAGGAUUAUUUCCGCGUCGUCAUCAAGGAAUGCCAAUCCGCUGUAGCAGUCACAUCUGCUGGACUCAAUGAGUCUGUUCUCGUCUCGCAUACGCAAGCCGGCAGCCUGCAGUUCAAGGCCUUGGCUCUGAACGGACUGUACCACAAGUUGCUCAGGGGGGUGUCCAAGAGGCAAGCUUUCGAGGAAACGGCGGAGUUUUUUGAAGUGGCAUUCAGCACCCUCCGUGAGUGGGAGCUUUCCUACCGCACCAAGGGCCAUAUCCAGGUGGACCAGAGGGGGAAACACGAACGGCGGUGGAUCCUGAGCUUGGACGAGGGUCUUCUCGUGAUGGUACGUCAAUCGAUCCGCGUCAACUCUAUCAAAAAUGGGGAGCGCAACAUGAUAGCCGAGGGCUUCCGCGAGUACCUCAACAAGGACGUCUUGCCACAGGACUGCGGGAGGUAGCCAGUCUUUCGGUUCGGGAAUGGUUGGUGGGACUUGAGGUAGUCAGUCCUCCAUUCCGGGAAUGGAGAAAACUUGGGUAGGAGUCCUUUCAAAGUUCCCGAAGCUUCUGUUUUUGACGGGACGGACGUGUCACAUCCGUCGUGGUCACAAUUGUUUCUACUGACUGCCCACAACAACAAUAAUGUGUUUGAGGCUUUUGUGUCUGAGCUAGACUAUAUGUAGACAUUCCGACCGCAGACUUUGAAUUCGACUUGACCCCCUCGGUACAGCAAGGAUUCAGUGUGGAUGUGCUGCGCCAGGAAGAAAAGAUAACGGUGAGAAGUCUGACAUGGUGCUAUUUUCUCAAACCAGCUUGAACAACUCGCAUGAUCUGACGUGUCUGGUACAAAAUAACGAGGUUCUGCUAACCUGCUGGAGCGCUUGUCAAGUGAUGAUGCUGUCCGCAAAUACUCUUUAUUCUUGUGAGGAUGACAAAUAUGUCAAGAAUGGUGUUACGGACACGGUUACUGCUUUCCACAUGACAGACACUCUCUCUAGCGUUAACGAUGUGAAGGCUUGCUAUUAGAACGCAUGAGGGAUUGAUGGCGUUACUUGUGAAGUUGACCGUCUGGAACUCUGGAGGAAGUGUUUGUGAUUGCUGACAGCGAGUGUUCAGUAGGGUUGAAGGUUUGUGCAACCUCUUUUCUCCCAGCGCAGUAUUUGAUGGCAAGUUAUGAAAUAGCUUCGGUGGUCUUGAUGGUAAGAUGGCUACUUUCGACAGAACAGCAAUUUUUCAGAAUUUCGAUGGCAUGCUCAUUUCGACUGCGUAUCGUCUAGAGAAUAACUCUGUUGGUUCGGUGUUAGCUGCCCUCGCUCCUUCAAACCCCAAGCAUGAAUCUAAGAUGGAUGUGA